CAUUUGACGAGAGGGUAACGACGAGUUUUCCCCCGGGGGGGUCUACCGGGUCCAGGCGGCGGGGGACAGGGCGAGGAAGAUGGGAGACUAUCGGCAACAGUUGGGCUACCUGAUCAAGUGGCUGGGCACCUUCGACCUGCAGGCGCCGCACGGCACCGCGGACGAGAUCAGCGACGGGGUCGCCCUGGCGGAGGCCCUGGCCAAGAUCGCGCCCGAGUGGUUCACGGCGGUGUGGAAGGCGAAGAUCAAGACCGACGUGGGCGGCAACUGGCGGCUGCGGGUGAGCAACAUGAAGAAGAUCGUGGAGGCCGUGAUGGAGUACUACGUGGAGUGCCUGAACCAGCAGCUGCCCGGCUACGCCAGGCCGGACGCGGCCAAGAUCGGCGGCGAGCACUGCGACAGCGACGAGCUGCACCGGCUGCUGCAGCUGAUCCUCGGCUGCGCCGUCAACUGCGACCAGAAGCAGCAGUACAUCACCCGGAUAAUGGGCAUGGAGGAGACGGUGCAGCGGGCGAUAAUGCAGAGCAUCCAGGAGCUCAACUUCGAGUCGCUGGUGGACGUGCCGGACGACGCCCUGCAACGGCUCCACGCGGAGCUGCAGGCGAUGGCGGCCAUGAAGGACCAGCUGGCGCAGCGCUGCUACGAGCUCGACCAGCAGCUCUCGCUGCUGCAGGAGGAGAAGGUCGCGCUGAUCGUGGAGAACAAGAAGCUGCAGGAGCGGCUGGACGAGUUCGAGAACCCGGAGGAGUCCGGCUCCAUCCUCAAGUAUUCCGGCCUGCGCAAGCAGGUGGAGGCGCUCAAAGACGAGCUGUUCAAGAUGGAGACGUCGAGGGACGACUACAGGCUCAAGGUGGAGCUGCUGGAGAAGGAGGUGCUGGAGCUGCAGUCGCGCCAGGAGGACCUGCAGAAGGCCGCCGACGAGGCGAACCGCUUGAAGGACGAGGUGGACGCCCUCAAGGAGACGACGGACAAAAACGCCAAGUACGAGAUCAUGAUAGAGUCGUACAAGAAGAAGAUGGAGGACAUGAGCGACCUUAAGAGGCAGAUGAAGAUCUUGGAGGAUCAGAACGUCGAGCAUCUGCAGACCAAGUUGGACUACGAGGAAGAGAAGAAGCGCGCGACGAUGCUGCGCAAUCAUCUGGAGGUCUACAAGCAGCAGCUCACCGAGGCCCAUCACAGGCUGGACGAGAAGAGCAACAAGUGCGACCGGCUCGAGUUCGAGGGCAAGAAGAUGGAGGCGAGGCUGGGCGCCAUGCAGCGGGAGAGGGAUCGGCUUGUCAUUGAGCGGGACGCCCUGAAGGAGACGAACGAGGAGCUCAAGUGCACGCAGCUGCAGGCCGCCGAGAACAUGGCGAAGCCCCCCAGCAGCGCCGACAGCGCCGACAGCGCCGGGGUCUCCGGCACGGAGAUGGUCCCGCUCGAGUUCAAGGAGAAAAUGCUCUGCCUGCAGCUCGAGAACAAGAUGCUGAAGAUGAAGCUGACCGGCAGCAACGAGGACAAGCUGCCGAGCGUGCAGGCCUUCCUCGAGGACUCCGAGGAGCGUUUGAACACGCUACGCGGGCAAAAUCGCAAGGCGAAUCAGAGGAUAAUGGAGCUGGAGGCCAAACUGGAGGAGGCCAUGGGCAUUCAGGUGGUCGGCGCUAGCGACAGCAAGAGUGACAACGUGGGCCUGAGUCAGAAGAUGUCGCAGCUGCAGGACGAGCUGCGAAAGGCGCAAGCUGACAGGGAACGGCUGGCGCUGCAGCUCGAGGAGCGCGAGGGCACUCUGCAGACGCAGAAGCAGAAGGCCUUUGCACUUCAGGAGAAGCUCUCGCGGAAGGAGUACGAGAACGCCGCGCUCGAGGAGCGCUACAAGAAGUACAUCGAGAAGGCCAAGAGCGUCAUCAAGAGCCUCGACCCGAAGCAGAGCAGCUCCACGCCGAGCGAGGUCGUCGUGCUGCGCAACCAGCUGGUGGAGCAGCGCAAGGUAAUCGAGGACAUGGAGCGCUCCAUGAAGGAGUCCAGGCUGCUGCGGGAGAUGGAGGACAAGCUGAUGGUCACCGCCUUCUACAGGCUGGGCCUCAACUGUCACAGAGAAGUGAUGGAUCAGCGCCUCGCGACGCUCAGUUCGGGACAGGGUCAAUCUUUUCUAGCCAGACAGAGGCAACCCUCGACGAGACGUUAUCCGCCUUACAACUCGAAAUAAGGACUCGCGCAUGAGCAAGUUGGCUCGACGCUUAAGUAUUAUUACAGGACGAAGUGGUAAACGGUCGUUUGAGGUAAUGUCGUUGACAACGCGAUUGCAAAUGUGACGCCGUACACCACGUAGGUCGUCAACUCAAUCAUGGAUUUGUCCAAAUGACGAUGACUGCCGGUCUAAUAUUCAGCGUUGUCGACUCGUAACACAACAUUGAGGCGUCACAUUUUAUCUCCCCGUUGCGAUUAUCACGAUUGAUUAGAUUUCUGUCGAUGUAGAUACAAUUGAGCCAGAGCAUCCAGAGCAAAGAUAAAUUUCUAUCGUUUCCUAUCAUUUACAUACAAACAAUUUGAUAUUUUAUCAAGUCUUAUGGAGCUGAUAAGCUGAAACACUGUGCCUACAAAUUGUAAGCAAGAGUCCCUCUCAUUUUAACCAUUUUAAUAUCCAGCCAAUCGUUUUGUCCCUCUGUGUGAAAUCGUCAAACGCAAAUCUAAUUCAAUUCUACAAUCCGCGUUUUUAUCCAAACGAUAAUUUUCUAGCUAUUAGAGAUGUGCCAAUACAUGUGUUCCUAUAUCUUUAAUGAGUAUGUAAAAGCAACUAAUUGCACGAUCAUCUCCAACAGCUAGAAAAGUGAACUAAAUGUAUAUUCCCUGUACAUUUGAAAAUUGUAUCUAUAUCGCAAACGUUUACCAUAUUUACUUUAUCUUAAAGGCUCAAAAAAAAAAGAAAAGUAUAUUGAGUAAGUUGUAAAUAAGAUUAUACAUAGAUAUCGAAAUAUUUUGCUUCGUGAUAGGCUGCGUAUUGUGCUAAGUGUCGAUUGGUCUGUAAAAUGAACAAAUUUUAUUCCAUAUAGCGAUAUUUUAAAUCACACUGACGAAGAACAAUUAUUGACUCGAAAAUAUCUACAAAUGUAGAUGCUUAUCUCGAUUGAUUGAUUGGUUGACGCUAAAUGUACAUUCGCAAACAUGAUUUGCUUUGCGCAACAACACAUGAUGAAAGAAAUGAUUGUAAAUAUAAUGUAUAGCGUGCUCUAAAUACAUUUCUUGGAGAAAAAUAUACAUAUAAAUUAUAUAAAUAUCGCAACGUAAAGAACUUGUUCGUAUAUUUAUAUCUUUGUAGCCACGCACGUUAAUAUUGUGUGACUAACAUUAUUUAUUUGAUAUAUAUAUAUAUAUAUAUAAUUUAUGUUACUGCUAUUUUAUUUGUUUUACAAUUUUAUUUUACAUUUCUCCAGUGGAUAUAGCGAUGAAGAACAAUCGGAAAGUUAUGUAUGGAAUGUACAUACAGAGACAAAUAAAUACAUAAAUGCCCUC